AAGAAACUCGAGGAAAGAAGAAGGAAACGCUGGGUCUUAGUUUCAUUUUCAGGAAGUGUUUUCUGCAAUGGACAGGCUUGAAGCUGCUACAGUGGAGCAUUACGAGGCAGCCAUGGUCCUCAGUGGUGCAGGCGAUGCUCUGGGUUACAGGGGCGGGAUCUGGGAGUUUAAUUAUUCUGGACCAGAGAUCCACCAGGAGCUGCAGGGGCUGGGUGGGUUGAAAAAAAUCACUGUCCAGCUUCCUGAUUGGCCGGUGAGCGACGACACAGUCCUGCACCUUGCAACAGCAGAAGCUCUGAUAACAGGAAAGACUGACGAGAAGCUUCUGGAUGAAGCGGCUUUUUGUUAUGUGAAGGGGAUGAAAGACAUGAGUGGAAGGGCUCCUGGAAAUACCACUGUUUUUAAUGUUACCAGACUGAAGCCUGGACAGGAAGGGGGCUACAGAGUGCCAUAUAACAACCGGGGUGCCGGCUGUGGAGCGGCCAUGAGGGCCAUGUGCAUCGGCAUGAGGUAUCCAAACCCCGACCAGCUGUCUUCUCUGGUGUUUGUGGCCGUGGAGACGGGCAGGAUGACUCACCAUCACCCAAUCGGUUUCCUGGGAUCCGUUGCGUCGGCGCUUUUCGCCUCCUACGCCAUCCAGCGGCGGCCGCUUGAAUCCUGGGGCGUGGGUCUGCUGGAAGAGGCCUGCCCCAUAGCCAAGAAGGUUAUUACAGACAGCGGCUUCGCUGUGGAGGAGAAUUUGAAGGAGUGGGAUUCUUUCUCUAAGCACUGGAAGAGGUACCUGGAUCUGCGGGGAAUCUCUGACGGAAAGGGGCCGGUGACCUGGCCUGACCCCUACGGUGUGGCUGAGAGGGAUGAGGCCUAUAAGAGCUUCAGUCUGCGUGGCUGGGGGGGAUCCUGUGGCCAUGAUGCUCCCAUGAUAGCACUGGAUGCCUUACUGGGAGCCGGUUCAGACUGGGAGGAGCUGAUGAACAGAGCUGCUUUCCAUGGAGGUGACAACGACAGCACGGCAGUGAUCGCCUGCUGCUGCUGGGGUCUUCUCUACGGCACCAAAGGGGUUCCUAAAUGCAACUACUCCAAACUGGAGUACCGGGAUCGUCUGGAGCUCUGCGCUAAGCAGCUUUACGCUUUGUCUCACUAAAAACACGUUUCUAUUCCAUCUCUAUUUUCGGUGCCUUAAAUCAGCACUUAGGAGGUAGCAAAUCUGAAGUCUAUAAAAAUGUAUACAAUAUAAAAAUACUAAAUGCAUAUUUAUGCUCCAAACAUGCGUGCAUGAUUAGGUAUAGGUAAUAUGUUACAUAAAUCAAAGUUCUGCAUAUGAAGAAAUGUGCCACAACCACUAUAAAAAAACACACCACUGUUAUUUUCCUCUGGAUUCAUAGAUGAGUUCAGAUGUUUGAAGCAGAAACCAGAAUCACUUAAAUUGUGAUCAGCUCAGUCAGAAUCUUCCAGUGUUUACGUAUUGCUCCACCAGAGGGCGCUGAGCUGUGAUGAGAAAUGAAACGCCAGAUAUUGAUGGUGCCUUUUAUGAAACUGUUGUUCUGUUUUCACUCUUUGCUGUCCUGAGAAACCCAGGAAGAGGAUUACAGCAUGAAUGUUUGAAAUAAUGUUUAAUAUGUUACAUUUCACAUAUGUUUUUAUGAUGGUUAAAUUCAAUUUAAAGAAAGAAUUUGGGACCUAGCAAACCGGGACCCUUGAAAGCUCACUCUGACUGUAAUGACUCAUUGUCAGGAAGUGACCGAUUGUGUUUUAAAAACUGUAAAUAUAAACACUUAAAUAUAAACACUUGAACAAAGACCACUAAUAUUUAAUCUGCACUAAAUAUUUUUUGUUUAAAAAUACUUUCAAAUAAGCAAUUCACUUUAAAAAAAUUUGUUAAAUAUAUAGUUUCAUUCUUCAAAAUUUUGUUGGAUUUUCCAGCUCUACAAUAUAUUAACAAUUGAAAAUUUAGUCCUAACUAAUUUCGAUCAGUAAUAUAAUUUAUAGCAAAAAUCUACCUUAGAAAUAAAAUGUAUGGAAAUGACCUGAAUAUUGACAUUAUUUUUUUAAAUAAUUUCACUCUGCUGCUAUUACCUUUUUCAUCAUGUUGAUGCUGCUUUCUACUCUUGUUGCUUUGAUACUGCUGAUUUUUUUUUAAUACUAUUUCUUUCACUACACCAAGAGAUGCUCGUGACUUUUAAACCAACAAUUAUGUAUUCACUCUGAUACUGUAUCUGUGGUAAAAUCACCUUCAUUCGUCUUGAUAUAAGCUCAGAAACAGCUGGAAAUGAAUCAUGAAGAACGUUGUUAUCCUGUGGUGAAUCGACUGUUUUACUGCAUCAACCAAAUGGCUGUGAAAAUAUCCGUAGGUCGGAUUAACUAAACCUUUCAAAAUGGCUGCCAUGUUGGCUCUGAUGAAUGAAAGACAGGAAUGUAUAAAAGCUACAUGUGUUUACAAGAUGGAAGAAACCACUUUUGUAUUUUUUUGUUCUAUGCAAAUAAACUAAAUUCAACUCCUUUGCCAUUAA